GCCGCUGCUGUUUCAGACCAGCGAGCUGAUAGCCAGCAGUCCAGCUGUGGGUGACCUGAUCCCCUAUAGCACCCUGCUCCACUUCCUCCUCACCAGAGCCCCGUCUGAGCUCAAGUCUCCUCAUCAGAGAGCAGAGUGGUCCAUCGCCCGUUACUCCCAGUGGCUGGAUGAUCACCCCUCUGAGAGAGACAGACUCACUCUCCUCAGGGGCGCUCUGGAGGCCUAUGUGCAGUCAGUGAGGGCUCGGCAGGGGAAGGAGUUUGCUCCCAUCUAUCCCAUCAUGCUCCAGUUGUUACAGAGAGCAACCAGCGGCUCACAGUAGGUCAGAGCCUGAGGACGACCACACGGCUGUAAUACAUGUCUGCAGAGGAUCAGGUUUAGCUCUAUGCACACUACAUAAUGCCACCUUUAUUAUUUAUAACUAGAGCAGCUAAAUGGAACUGAUCGGUCUUAUUUGGCUCAAUCAAGGGGAAUGUAUGUGAAAGAUUUGAGUUCUGAGAAUUCUGACUUUGAACUCACAACUCAAAUUAAAUAUUUUCAUGUGGGUUAGUUAUGAGGUUUGAGUAUCCGACAACAGUUCAAUUCGGAUUCUAUGUAGAGGAUUUGGGCCACAUGUGAGAGUCUGAAGACAGAAUACUGGGCUUAAGGUCAGAGUUAUGACUUUAUUCUCAGGAAACCAAUACAUUUUUCACAUGUGCCCCACACACACACACACACACACACACGUGUCUGAUCCUUGAUAAGUUGGAGAAGAAAUGGGGAAAUAUCUGCAGGACUUUAAUAUUUGUACAGCACUUCAUUAGAAGCAGAGUAUGACAGUAUAGACAGGUGCAUUCAGAUAGGCCAUUUCCAUUGGUUGGGUGGAGGUUCCUCCACCAGCGGCUCCCAUGGUUUCCACUCUGACAUCUUCCUGGACAGAGCCAGCUCACACUCCGCCUGCACACAGGAGCACACUUUCAUUAACACUCAUCCCGGGACUGGAUGAACACAAACACAACCAGGCUCGCGGUUUCCCCCUGCUCCCUGUGGCUCUGUAUAAGAACAUUCUGAAAGCAGCCAUUUUGACAGGAAAUGGUGAACACAGGUGUGACAUUGAUACUAAUGAAGGAACAGAACAGGUCUAUAGCCGAGGUUAACUUUGUGCUUCAACUUCCCAGGAAAGUGUUUGAAGCUGCAGUAGGUGACGUUUACAGAAACAACCAAUCAGAGCCAAGAAAGAUAGUUGACUGAGUCCCAAAACAGCUGUAUGAUGUCCGGGGAACUCAUCUUUGUUUCUGUGAAAAAGGCCUGUGUUGUUUUUGUUUACAUACGGUGGAUUCUUGCAAAUACCUUAAGGAGCGUCCUACUACUAAUAUAGUAAAGUAUCACUAAAGGUUACCUACUGCAGGUUACCUACUGCAGCUUCAAUGUGAGAUGUAAAUGUUUGAUUGGAAUUUUGAUGCAUUUGUUGAAAUAAAAAUCAUGUUUAUUACCAAUAUGUCAA